UGUAAGCUCUGAAGUAUCGUGACAAGUCUAUCUCAAGUGGUACAGUUUUCCGUUGUUAGUUUUUGUUAACGUGUCACCACUCCAGAUAUAGUUACGAGCUUUAGUUGUUCUCCAUCUAUAUUCUAGUGAAAGUAAAACAAUGAUUAGGAAUAAUUCUAUAUGCAGCAAUACAACAAAACUAGCCAUCGUCAUAGUGUUUGUGUUCACUCUGAAGCUUUACUCCAUGAGGUCAUCGUUCCCUAAAAUUAAUUACUGUACUGAGGAAACAUUAACAACUACUACUGCUCUUCCCAGAAACCUCACCGAAAAGGAAUUUUUAGAAAAAGGAUUUGACCCCAAUCAAAAUCUUGACAUAGAUGAAGAUGCAGAAAUACACGAUGAAAUUACAGAUGAAAUGAAAAAAGUUAUAGAUGAGCUCAGGAUCCAAAUAAAAAAAGAAACAAAAGGAUACAAGCUACCGUCAUUCAGGGAAAUAGAAGAUCUGAUACCGGAGAAAGGAGGCACGCCGAUGAGAAGUUUAGUGAUAACAACUUGGCGGUCCGGGUCCACUUUUAUAGGUGGAGUGUUGAACAGUCACCCCGGGACAUUCCACUUCUCCGAGCCACUGACGGACUACCGCACGGUCCAGAUCCGCGGCGAGCCCCUCGGCUCCCCUGCAGUGCGCGCCCUCCGCAGUCUGCUCACCUGCAACUAUCAUGUGUUAGAGCGGUACCUAGAGCGCAGCAAGGACUACACUUGGUUGUUCACCCACAAUACGCGACUGUGGCAGCAUUGUGUCAAGCACAAGGACUUCUGCUGGUUACCGCAGUUCCUCAAACCUGUCUGCCGCCUGUUCCCUUUCCAGUCCAUGAAGGUGGUUCACAUUCGGCUUCGUUUGGUGGAGGAGUUGUUGGCGGACCCUGAGCUGAAUGUACGAGUUGUGCUGCUAGUGAGGGACCCAAGAGGAAUCAUGGAGUCGCGGUCAACUCUCUCGUGGUGUAAAGCUCACCAAGAUUGUGGCAAUCCCGUCCGCGUUUGUGCAGACUUGGUUGAUGACUAUAGUGCUGCUAUGAGAUUUAAAGCCCUUUUUCCCGAUAAGUUUAGAGUUGUCCGUUACGAGGACAUGUCUCUGAAACCACACAAGGUGAUUCCAGACAUAUUCAGAUUCUUUGGACUCCAAUAUCACCCAGAGGUCGAACAGUUUGUUAACAAUCAUACUACGAGGGUGGACAGCAACAGAUACAGCACGUUCCGCAACUCCACUGAUGUAGCCCUCAGCUGGCGGAGAAAGUCUGAAUACGCGAAGGUGGAGGAACUACAGAGAAUCUGCAGGGUCGCGAUGUCGGCAUGGGGGUAUCUGCCUGCGUACAAUGCCUCUCAUCAGCAGACGUUCAACCCUCUGGCCGACCUCGGCGUCUAGUCAUACAAAUACUAUAAUCUGCCAAAUGUGAUAUUAAGUUUUCAUAACGAACUAUAUACAUUUAUGUUAGACAGUAUAUUUAUUGUGCGAGGCGUCGCUUGAAAACAACUCCGAUCUGGUUGACUGUACUCAAUGAAUAUCAUAACAGAAGCUAAUAAGUAAAUAAACGAAUUUUUUAUAGGUUA